CUCGCGCGGGAGGAGUCGGACCAGCUGAAGCUGUACACGGCUAGCUAACACCAAAAAACGGAUUUAUUCAUUCUAUAAAGGAGAACUAAUUAAAUAUACAUUAAUUUGAAAUAUUAAUACAAAUAAAGGCGGAGUCUACUUUGCAUAGAAACCGAGACGUCUACGCGACAUUCAUUUAUUUUUUAUUAUUUUUUAAUUGUCUAAAGCAAGUGGAACUAGAGAAUUUACACCGAUGCUAGCCGGAACCCAUGCAGCAUUAGCAUUAGCCGCCUGCGAAAGAUAAGCUAAGCUAGGCUAAGCUAAAAGGCUAACACGAAAUUGACAUCCUGACCGGUCAACGGAGUGAAGUUUGGAUUUUUUUUUAUAUUUUAACGCUUUCAGUAAAGGUUUCUUUUUUUCCGCCGUGUCAGAAAUUCUAACUGGAAAGGACAAAAAAGGCGACGCCGCAAACGAAGCUGUGGAGGGGGGAAAAGCGGAUAACAUCUUCACCGGGCGGACGUCGCGCAUCCUGCCGGCCUGCGGAGAGGAGCGAUGGCCGAGGUCUCAGCCCUCAGCCCUUCUCCUCCGGCGAUGGUGGAUCAGUCUGUAGCUCCUCCUCCUCCUUCCUCCGCUCCCUCCCUUCCUGCAGAGUCACCUAAACCCAUUGCUGUCCCAAAAUCCGCUUUGUAUGGAGACAGAGCUGUCAUGGCUGCUGCUGCAUUAACAACACCACCACGUAAAGAGACCUCUGUCCGUUUAUCGAACUCGGGAGAGGCGAUUUCAGCACUUACUGAAAAUCCUCCUCCUGUUACAUCUGCUUCGGAAAGCACCUCUCCUCCAGACCGAGGGAAAGAGGAGUUUCCCCCAACGCCCAAACCUCUAACUCAGCCAGACAUCUCACCAGAACCACCAGGAAGAAUGCCAGAUCCUGAAGCUCCGCCUUUUCCAACACAAAAUUUGGCAAUGCAACUCAAUCAGACCUCAAACUCCACAUCCUCAUCACACACACCUCCUCGGUCUCCUCCAGCUGUCAUCCCCUUCGUCCCAGAUCCGUUAUCAGAUCUGAAAUCCGAUCUUCCUUCUGUCAUGGUCCACGAUUCGUCAGUGCCGUUCAUAGUGCCGCCCCCUGCUCAGUCAGGCCCCGCCCUGGACACGCUGAGCUACCUGGAGUCGGCGAGCGUGAUGUCGGGGACGCUGGAGUCUCUGUCGGGCAUCGGUGAGGACGGAAGCUCGCUCGGGUCCGACUCGGAGCUCAACGGCCCGGUUAUGAGACGCACUGAUAAAUACGGCUUCCUCGGAGGAGCGCAGUACAGCGAGGGCAAUAUUGUGGAGAUCAGUGUGGAGGUGGCACGGCACCGAGAGAUGAAGUGGUUGGACAUGUUCAAAAACUGGGACAAGUGGAUCUCUCGACGCUUCCCCAAGGUGAAGCUGCGCUGUAGGAAGGGAAUCCCGUCAUCUCUGAGAGCUCGAGCCUGGCAGCUUCUCUCCAACAGUGAGGAGCUUCUGAUGGCAAACAUCGGCAAGUUUGAGGAACUGGAGAGAGAGCCGGGAGAUCCGAAGUGGCUGGAUAUCAUCGAGAAGGACUUACACAGGCAGUUUCCUUUCCAUGAGAUGUUUGCUGCUCGAGGAGGCCACGGUCAGCAGGAUCUGUACCGUAUACUGAAGGCCUAUACUGUCUAUCGCCCAGAAGAAGGCUACUGUCAAGCUCAGGCUCCUGUGGCUGCGGUCCUGCUGAUGCACAUGCCUGCAGAGCAAGCGUUUUGGUGUCUGGUGCAGAUUUGUGAGAGGUAUCUGCCUGGCUACUACAGUGCUGGACUGGAAGCUAUCCAGCUUGACGGGGAGAUUUUCUUCUCUCUUCUGAGGCGUGUGUGUCCCAUGGCCUACCGUCAUCUGAAGAAGUUUAAAAUCGACCCCAUCCUGUACAUGACAGAGUGGUUCAUGUGUAUCUUUUCCCGCACGCUACCGUGGUCCUGCGUCCUCCGAGUCUGGGACAUGUUCUUCUGUGAAGGGGUGAAGAUCGUGUUCCGUGUGGGUCUGGUAUUACUGAAGCAGAUGCUGGGUUCUGUGGAUAAACUGCGGGAGCUGCAGGGAAUGUAUGAGACCAUGGAGCGCCUGAGGAACAUUGCACCGGAGAGCAUCAGAGAGGAAAUACUGGUUCACGAGGUCACUAUUCUCCCUGUCACAGAGGCUUUGAUUGAGAGGGAGUGUGCUGUCCAGGUGAAGAAGUGGCGCGAGUCUCGUGGUGCCCUGACACACCAGCCGGGCCGGAGGCUUCACGGCACACGAGACAUCCACGAGCAAAAGCGCCGUGCCGCCGCCAUCAGCUCUGGGGGAAGUCUGUCCUUCCUGGGCAGCUCGAUGUCCGCUCCUCCACCCGGCCCCCUGCGCUCCUCUUCCAGCCUCCUCUCUCUUCCUGGCUUCCGGAAAUCCAAAAAUCCAUUCUCUCACGGUAAAAAAAGCUCUUUUUCCGGGCCUUUUGUUCCAGAAACACAGGUGUUUGGAGGAGGGACUCCUAUAAUGAUAACAUCUGGGCCACUACACCCACCCGAUUCUGUAGCGGCCCCGCCCACUGGAGGUGCAGGAGGGCACAAGCCUAGUCCUUUAGCAACAAAACCCCCGACAUCACCAAAAUCUCCAGUGGCAAAUUCUGGCCCAGAACCAACACCAAAAUCGGAACCAGAAAAUCCAUCAGCACCAAAAUCGGAACCAGAAAAUCCAUCAGCACCAAAAUCGGAACCAGAAAAACCAUCAGCGCCGAAAUCUGAACCAGAACCUGAAACAACAUCCGCACAAAAACCUGGACCAGUACCUGCACCUGCACCGGAGUCGAACUCUGGACCAGAACCCGUAUCACAACCCACCUCAGAACCAGCAUCAGCGCCAAAGUCCAGCAAGGAAUCUGCACAUCCUCCGGUCCCAAACCAACUCCAGCCCCCUAGAGUAGUCUCUGAGCAAGUUACACCCACGAUCCCAUCUCCCACGGCCAACAACAUGCCCCUGCCUCUCUGCGAGGACGAGGGCAAGAAGAAGAAGAAGAGCAAGGACGAGAAGAAGAAAGAGAAGGAGGAGGAGAAGCAGAAGGCGCGAGAGAAGAAGGAACGCGAUAAGGCAGAGAAGGAGAAAGUAAAGAAGGAGAAAGAGAAGAAGAAGGAAAAAGGGGGCAAAAAGAAGGACAAAGCUGCAAGCGCCGAGGCGGAGGAGAAGAACGGAGCUGCGGCGGCCAAAAAAGUGGCCUAGUUUUCUGAACAAAAGGGACGAAUCGAGCACAAAAGGGGAAGGGAUUUUUUUUCGUCUUAAAGAGAACUGGAUCAGGUUUUAUGGCUCUGAAUCUUCUCUUAUUUACGGUCACCCCGUUAGAAGAGAUAUUCACCCACACACACACACACAGUCAGUCUGUAAAUAGAUCAAUAGUUCAUUAUUCAGUAAGUCAUCCAACCAUAAAACCUUCAUCCCAUCCCUCUGAAUCAGGCAGCGACCCCUGAGAGAGACUGUCCUCGUUGUAGAUUAAUCCAGGAGCUCGUAUUUAUUAACGUCGUCUGUUAGCGUGUGCUCGUGCGUUUACAUGUUUGUGUAGUAGUGUAGUGUCGCUGUCCAGUGUUUCUGACUUGACCUGUAGGAGUCUUUCCUAAUGAAAAGAAAGGAAAAAAAAGUUUGUCCACUAGAGGGGCUGGAAGAGCAGACCAGACUGAAACUCUGAGGUUUGUUAGAAAUGGUACUGGGGUCAGAAUAGCGUGAAUUUCCUGCCCCACUCCUUCUCUAUGGCUGUCUUGAUAUCUUAAGAGUUCUUACUUCUGUUUCUCAACCAGCUGAUUGUCUCACUUUGCUUUGUAGAAGGGGUUAAGGCUGAGCGAUAUGACCAGUUCCAGCUCACCAUGUCAUGUCACUUUUUGUGAUGCUUUUAUUGAAUUUAUUAAGAGGAAAACGACAUGAUGGCGCUGUUUCCCAGCUCCAGUACCAGGAUACCAAGAUGUUCUUCUCAUCUGCAUUCCUUCCGGGUUCUUUCCGGUUUCCUCCAACCUCCUAAAAACAUGCUGAUACACAAAAUUAACCCAGAAUGGGGGUGUUCCUGGGUGUGUUCCUGUCUCACACCCAGUGUUCCCAGGACGAGUUCACUGAUCCACCGUGACCAGGAUAAAGCUCUUACCUAAGAUCCACGAGAGAGGAAAAUAUUAAUUCAUAAUUAAGUUAUUAUCAGGAAACAAUUUGCUUCCAGACUCAAUGUUAUUUAUAUAUAUUUAAAAAAAGAAUGUAAACUAUAUGAAUAAUGAAUAUGUUGUGAAAUAAUUUAUCACAAUAUCAAUAUUAUAUGGUCACAUCACUCAGCCUGAGACUGAUCUACUCAUAGUCUUUCAUUCACACUUAUUUUUCAAAACCUAUUGCUCAUUUUUGUUUUUAUCACUCCUUUGCUUCUUUUCUCUCUCUCUCUCUCUCUCUAACUCUCUUUCUCACACUCUUUCUUGUCUCUCUAACUCACUCUCUCUAACUCACUCCAACUUUCUCUCUCUAACGCUCUUUCUCUCUGUCUCUCUCUAACUCUCUCUCUCUCCACUCCAUGUUUCUCUGUCCGUCUGGCUCUAAUUAACCCUGAUCUUAUUUCCCCCUCUGCUGAAGCGUGCUCAUCUCCAUAUUCCCCGUCAGACGGCAGAGUAUAACUGAAAGAGCUGAGAUAACUGCAUCACACGACUGCAAUAUCUUAACCUAUAGGGGAGAACUAAAUAUCUGGACUUGACUCGAUGUUGGUUAAACCUGCUUGGACUUUGACCUUAGACUCUUAUUUAUUUCGCUUGUCGAUGAAGGAAUUAGUCUGUUUGCACUGAACCCUCUUUAUUAUUGUUGUUAUUAUUAUUAUUUUUUUGUCCUGAAAGCACCACUAAUAUUUGAUUUGUGUUGUUCUUUCUGAUGUUAAUGACUAAUGAUGUUCAGUAGCAUUAACAUCCCGAGCUCGGGGGCUCGAUUUGCAUUGAUGUACAGUUUGUUAAUUUAACCAGAUGAACAAUGAUAUUGUGUAUUAUUCCUGUUCUUUAGCGUGUUUUAGAUUGUAUUACUGUUAUUAUUUCUAUGCAAGAAUCCAGAGGCCUGCGUGACUGGAAGUGUAGCGGCUUUUACAGGAAAUCGAGGACGUGUUUUAAGUCAUCCUUUAGUUUUGUUUUGCUUGCUGUGUGGGUUUUUUUGUUUUGUUUGGGGUUUUUUUUUUUUUUUUUGGCAUAUAUUCUUCUUUCCCAAAAUAUUGGAGAACAAAACCAAGCAGUAGCUUAUUUGAUUAUUUUUUUUAAUUUUUUUUUUUUAUUUUGGGACUGUUCUAAAGUCACAAACGUUACAGUAUUUAGUGUCUGCAAAGGCUGGUUUACAAAGAUUUACAAAACAUCAGCCAGAACGCUCGCUGCUAGGCUAACGUAGCUAACGAGUAACGGAUUAACGCGAAAUCCUCCUCGAGUUUAUGAGUGAAAUAAAAUCAACAGUGUUGUUGAGUUGAAGUUCAAAAUGGAGGCGUGAUAUCAAUACAAAAAACAGGUUUUCAGAGGCGGGGCCCAAAGGAGAAAUCAGACUAUGCAGUGUUCUCAGGUGCAGAUCAGACACAGCAAGUGACUUAUGAGGAUGGUGAGAAAGAGAUUAGACUCUGAUUACCGGGAACAAGUUUUCAGUUGUGAGAUUUGUUGUAGAUCCGAGUUGCAAAUGAAGCCAAAGGGUCGAGCUGUAGCACUGCACAAGAGUCCUGUAGAUUAGAUUUGGACCAACGAAUAUAAAAGAGAAAUAGAGACCGGACAUGACGCACUAAGUGUUUUAAAUUAGUUACUUAUAGAUUUCUAUAGAUAUUAUUUUUAAUCACAGUGUUUAUGAUGAUGUGUAGUGUUGAAACAAACCGAAGGAGGAGGAGUUUGUGUUCCGUUACGUGUUAUCUAUGUCAGCUUUGAAGCAUGCGCAUCUUGGCUGGUUGACUGAUUCAGAUUUUUCUAUUCCCUUUUUUAUAGGUUACCCCCUAUUUGUCAGCAUAACUUAUUAUUAUUAUUUGAGUCGUAGGCUGGAGUGUGUGCUGUAGAACUAUAUUAUGGGAGGUGUGUUUUUGUUUUUGUUUUUUUGCGUCGUCUCGAUGAACCACUGGAUCAUUUCAGACAGCAGGGUGAAGAUGUUCCUAAACCCACGCCUCCACGCCUGGAGGCACGCCGCAGUAUUACGCAACAAAAACUGAUCAGCACUUUGCAAAGCGGACUGUACCAUCGGGACUCUCGGAGAACAUUCAUGUGACGAUGUGUGAACUGUCGAGCUGAUGUGCAAGAUGCCAUGUGUUUCCCCCCUUCGUGGUUUUGUUCAGUGGUGCUGUGUGUUCCUGUUCCACUUCUUCUCACCUCUAGGUUGUGCCAUGUCUAUGUUUUUAAUUAUUUUUUCCUUAAGUCCAGCUUUACCUGCACCAGCUUUGGCGGCUGUGUUCCGAUACGGUUUUUAACCCUCUCUCUCUGGUGUGUCGUAACGACAGCUCGGACAUUUUUCUUAGAAGAAAGUGUCGAUUUCAGGACCCCAAUUUACCCAGAAGGCAUUGCUACAGACAGAGAAUGAUAAACUAGGCUGAUAGCUGCAAUAAGAACAUGCUAAAUGAUGUCAUCGAUCUCCAAAGGUCUGUGGGGGCAUUUUAUGAACCGCGUCGGAACACAGGGUGCGUCUAUGCAAACCCUAAAACCUUCUGUGAAGCGCGUGUAGGUUAAAAGUGAACGAUGUCUGCUUGGCCCACUAGAGGGCGCACAGGGAAAAUGUCUGCUUGGGCCACUAGAGGGCGCACAGGAACAGACUGAACUUCAGAAACGGUACUUUGCUCAGAACUGUCUGAGUUUGGUGAUUAUUUUGUGACUGUAUGCAAAAGAAAUCCAGUUUUAAAUCUUUAGCUUUAGGAAUAUUAGUAAUAUUAGAGUUGAAGAAAUUGUCAGUGUUUUGGCUUCAGGGCUGAAAAAAACAAUUAUAAGUUGGAUAAUUCGGCAUGAGAACCAGCACCCCCCCCUUUUUUUUUUAAAGAAACCAAUGUGUUUGUUAGUCGAACCUCUAAACCUCCACCAGAACGUCAAAUUCUUUUGUAGUGACAUUAGAGACAUCUUCUAUAACACCGCCACACCGAGAGGACGGCUCCACGCCGUUACAUCCGGAGCGUGAUCGUGUAAAUAACCCGAGCUGUUGGAAAAACGAGGAGUGUGUGUGUGUUUAGCGACAAAGCGUUUUUCCCGUUCAGAAAUAGGCAUGCGUGUGUUAGUCUUUGCGAUAAAUGCUUAGCAGGUAUAUAUCGUAUUUACAAACCAGACCACAGUAAGAACGAUUGACUACUGAUUUGAUUUUUCGCACAAGUGACGCUUACGUCCGUUACGUUUCUAACCUCUGGUGGUCCGGAUCUUAGAGCCCUUUUCACAUCAACUAGCUUUUAGAGAACAAAUAUACUUAACAAAACUACAUUCUGAACAGGACGAAGGACGGAUCUGGCCAAAGCUCCGCCCCAUCUACUGGGAAAAAAAUAAAAGUCUAUAAUAACAAUACCCUGCAUCCUGAGCACCCGAGCGUUCACACUUAAAACACAAAAAAAACCCUAAAACCUACUUUUAAAAAAUACUUCACUGAUCAGAAAUCUGUGUUUCUUUGUUCUGUCGCUUUGGGUUUGAUUUCUGUGUUUAUUUUAACCAUCUUUUUUUUUAAUCUUACUGUUUUUUAAGUGAAUUUUUCUUUAAUCCCAUCAUUUCAAGUCUGUAUUUUUUUGUUUUUCGGUUGUUGUUGUUUUUGUUUUUUACAGCGAACCUUGAAAAUAAAAUAAUCCUAGCUCGUCAUUCCUUAACUACAGAAGAGGAAAAUGUACACAGUGUAUUUAAUUAAUCAUGGCGAUAACGGUAAUAGUUGUGAUGAAUAAUAAACCGUAAUAUAUUAAAUUCCUCAUGGCGUCCAGGGUUUUUGCUUUUUACGGUCGGUUUGUUUUCUGUAAAGACUCCACAGGUUCUGUGUUCUGGGGUUAAGUGGAUUACGGUGUGUAAGUGGAUUUAUUUCAGCUUUUUAUCAGGAAAUCAGAUUUCCUGUCAGUCAGACGAUCUCAUUCGCUUCUUUAGUAUUUGGUGGCACUUUGAAUGAAAUAUUUUUCCACAAGAUUCUCAUAAUACAACAUGAUAAACACUCCAUUACUUUAUUCUGGAAAUUUGUUGGUUUGCUGAAGGGGGCGGGACUAACGUGGUAAGAGGAUUUGAUUGGCUGUGGUCGUUUAAAUUAAAUGAUUGACUCUCGUGUGAAAAUUUCACAAAUUCAGAAAUUUGCGAACCUUUCUCUUUAUUCAUUCUCUCUCUCUCUCUCUCUCUCUCUCUCUCUCUCUCUCUCACACUCUCUCCUCUCUCUCAUUUUCUGUCUCUCUCUCUCCCCUCUGUCUGUCUCUCUCUCUCUCUCUCUCUCUCUGUCUCUCUCUCUCUCUCAUAUAUUUGCACUCAGGAUGGACAGACGCAGACAUACAAAACAUAAGGUUGCUUUAUUCACAGUUUCUCCCUUUUUAUUGCUUACAGAGGAGUUGGUGACAGCAAAGCAUGAGGGAAGUGAGGGAUGGCAAAAAGACGAGGGGAGAGAGGGAGAGAAGAAGGGAAUGGUUUCUUUCUGUCGCCUCUCUCCACUCCUCUACUGUCAUGGAUUGACUUUCUCUUCUCUCUCUCUCUCCAUUGCUCCAGCCGUCUCCC